GUUGACGGUGAUCUUUAUCUCGCUCCGGGAUUCUUGGUUCCACCCAACUCUGACUAUGUGGGAUAUCAUGACUAUAUUGAUAAAAAUUUGCCUCCUGAAACUCCUCAUCUGUACGGAUUACAUCCGAAUGCGGAAAUCGAAUUUUUGACAAAAGCAGCCGAACGAAUAUUCCGUGUUGUACUCGAACUGCAGCCUCGAGACUCUGGUGCGGAGGUAGGCGAUGCGCCCAGUCGAGAAGAAACAUUAACCACAUUGUUGGAAGAUCUACUCGAUCGAAUGCCAGAUGGAUUCCCAAUGGCCGAGCUCUAUGCUCGUCAAGCACCUGAAGAACGCAGUCCGUAUGCGGUUGUGGUGUUGCAGGAGUGUGAACGCAUGAAUAUUUUGCUCGAGGAAAUGCGCCGAUCGCUAAAAGAGCUCCGUCUCGGAUUACGCGGUGAGCUUACUGUGUCCGCUGCAAUGGAGGCAUUGAUAAAUGCCUUUUUCUUGGACCAGGUUCCUGCAUCAUGGGAAAGGUACGCAUAUCCAAGUCUGUAUCCACUUGGUCUCUGGUUUGCUGAUUUGCUUAACAGAGUAAAAGAACUGGACGUUUGGUCACAAGAUUUGGGUCUACCUGGUUCAGUAUGGCUUGGUGGGCUGUUCAACCCUCAGUCGUUCCUCACGGCUGUAAUGCAACAGACUGCUCGAAAGAUUGAGUGGCCUUUGGACAAGAUUUGUAUCAGUGUCGAAGUGACUAAGAAAACGCGUGAAGAAAUGGGUUCAGCACCCAGAGAAGGUGCCUACGUACACGGGCUGUUCAUGGAAGGUGCGCGCUGGGAUACCGCCGCCGGGUCUAUUGUGGAUUCACGAAUUAAAGAAUUGGCUCCACCAAUGCCAGUAAUCUUGCUCCGAGCUGUACCGUCCGAUCGUCAAGAAGGACGUGUGGCUGCAAUGUAUGCGUGUCCGGUGUAUAAGACCAAGAUUCGUGGACCCACAUUCGUGUGGACGUUCCAUUUGCGCACAAAGGAGAAACCAGCCAAAUGGAUUUUGGGCGGUGUGGCGCUGCUUUUACAAGUGUGA